GUGUAGAUACGCUGCUUCUUUCUUCUCCUUUGUCAAGCUGGAAUAAGCCUGCUGAAGGUGGCUUGUGCUUUCUGAUAGAUUUCAGCUGCUCCUUCUGAGUCAAGUCUCGCAAGGACAUCUAUGAACUUGCAAGAUAACCUGUUCCCUUCAAGACUGGCCAUAGCAAUGAGGAGGAUCCUGCUCCUCUUGGCUGAUUUGGUGUUACUGAAUGCCCAGCUCUGUACAGAGAUUCCUGGAACCCUGAAACAGAUUGAUGCGGGGAAUGGCUUCGUGAUUGGUCUGGAACCAACGGGUGAUGCAUACAUGAAGUUUGGAGAAGAUUGGCACUAUUUAGCAGGGGAGAUGAAGCAUGUGACUGCUGGUGCCGGGGGUGUGUGGAUGAUUGACAACAACGCCCAUGCCUAUCGUCUGGUAGGAGGCAAACUGGAACUCGUAUCAGGAUCAUUUAGUCAGAUUGAUGCUGGGGGAGACCUUUUUGUAGCGGGUGUUAAUCAGCUGACUGAGUCCUGGUGUCUUUCUAGAUCUGGGCUAGUCACAAAGAGUCCCAGCUUCCCUGGAUCCUGGGCUAAUCUGGAAGGCAGCCUGAUAUACUACAGCUGUGGCUGGAGAGGCUGCUGGGGUAUUAACACUGUCAAUGAGAUCUGGUUUCGUCAUGGCAUCUCAUCACAGGACUGCAAGGGAACCCACUGGGAGCAUGUUCCCAGCACAUUCUCCAUGGUUGAAGUGGGAAGCGAUGGAAGCGUCUUUGCAGUGAAAACAAAUGGGGCUGUCUACCGUAGGGAUGGGAUCACAGACAGCAGACCUGUAGGCACCAAAUGGACCAUAAUGAGAGACAUCAAUGCCAAGAUCAAGCAUUUAGCCUAUGACCUGAAUAUUCUAUGGCUGAUCACUGAGGAGGACAAGAUCCUACGUUGCCAAAUGUAGAGCCAGAGCUGCUAUACAACUGCCUUCCUCCACCUUUAUAGACUUACGACUGCAUCUCCUCUCUCAGUCCAUUCUCCUUCCCUGCCACAGACGAUGAUGGUUGGAGAUUAGGAAGGAUUUCAUUGUGCUAAUAAACAAAGGCUUUUUUAUUAAUCCCUCAACAUUCUUGCAUUCUGUACUCUGCAUUCUGUACUCUGUACUCUGCAUACAACGGGCAAUAAUACAGAAAAUGCUGGAAAUUAUAUUGCCGCUGAAAACACCCCCUUUUAAAUGGUCUAAUAAAAUGUCUUUUGCAAUA